AUGUUCGGAAAAGGAGCAUCAAGUUCAAAGAGUAUGGAAAUCAUUGGCUCUGAAAAGAAGUUUUCUGUGCUCAUUGUGGAUGAUGACCCCAUCAUUAGAAAAAUCCAUAGUGCACUCCUAAGCAAAUUUACUAAGGAAAUUCAAGAGGUCAAAAAUGGAAAAGAAGCAGUUGAUCUUUGCCGAUCUGGGGCUUCAUUUGAUAUUAUUUUUAUGGACAAGGAGAUGCCAAUCAUGAAUGGGCUUGAGGCGACAAAGGAGCUGCGAGCUAUGGGCGUCAAUAGCACAAUUGUGGGAGUCACUUCAUGUGAUUUAAGCUCUGAAAGAAAUGAUUUUAUUGCAGCUGGUCAAAAUCAGUGUUAUGAAAAGCCAUUAACCAUUGAAAAGAUCAAGUCUCUCCUGAGCGAGUUAAACAAGAAUAACUAA